UUUCAGCUCUGGAUAAUGGCAAUCAGAUCAGAUGAGGCAACCAGGGAAGUGAUUCACUUGACACAAGAUGCUCCUGUGGUUUUUACUCGGUGGCCCUUGACAUACAAUCAAAAUUCCACUCUCCACUUCCCCAAUGCACAUGGUAUUGGGGACCAGAUAUGCGGGCUAUCCCAAAUAGUACACUUGCUCAAAAAAGCCAAAUAUCCAACCAUUAAAUCUUUAAUGGGACCAGAUCCCCACUUAAAAUGGAUUGUGUCUGGAAUGGUGUUGACACAGCUUCUAGCUUGCUACUUGGUGAAAGAUUUAUCUUGGAAAUGGAUUUUCUUUUGGGCUUAUGCUUUUGGGGGCUGCAUUAAUCACUCAAUGGCGCUAGCGAUCCAUGAUAUUUCACACAAUGUUGCCUUUGGUAACAAGCAGACUAAGUGGAAUAGAUGGUUUGCAGUGUUUGCCAACCUGCCAAUUGGGCUUCCUUACUCUGCCUCCUUCAAGAAAUACCACAUUGACCAUCACCGGUACCUUGGUGGAGAUACUUUGGAUGUGGAUAUUCCAACCGACUUUGAAGGCUGGUUCUUUUGCACGCCCUUCCGGAAACUUAUUUGGGUCAUCCUCCAACCAUUCUUCUAUGGCCUGAGACCUCUUUAUGUGAAUCCCAAAACUGUUACUCAGAUGGAAAUAUUUAAUGCCCUGAUACAGUUCUCUAUUGAUUUUAUAAUCUACUACCUAUGGGGCCUGAAGCCUGUUAUUUACUUAAUAGCAGGUUCCUUACUUUGCAUGGGUUUGCAUCCUAUUGCUGGGCACUUCAUAGCAGAACAUUACACGUUCUUAAAAGGCUACGAAACCUAUUCUUAUUAUGGACCUCUCAACUGGAUCACCUUUAAUGCAGGCUACCAUAUGGAGCACCAUGACUUCCCAAGCAUUCCUGGGUGCAAGCUGCCAAUGGUGAAGAAGAUAGCAGCAGAAUAUUAUGACAACCUCCCUCAGCACCAGUCUUGGGUUCGAGUUCUCUGGGAUUUUAUUUUUGAUGACACCAUUGGUCCUUAUUCACGGAUUAAGAGAAUAUGCAAACUAGCACCCGAAAACCAAUAGAUUUGCUUUAGCAUCUUCAUUAAUAAUGUAAAAAAAAAAUCUAUUUUUUUGUGAACUGAAUUUUCAGAGAUAAGAAUGAUCUUAAUAUUUCUAUGCACUUACCUUUUCUGUAGUACCAAGAGUGGUGAAAUAUUAAAGCAAACCAUAGGCACUGUUUUAAAAUACUGUAA